CGGUGGGCAAAACCUGUUUGCUGAUGAGCUAUGCCAACGACGCGUUCCCAGAGGAAUACUUGCCAACAGUCUUCGAUCACUACGCAGGUGUGCAGAACUUUUGGCCGUAGCUGUAUGAAGAUCAUUUUAGUUGUGUUUCAGAAGGCGAACUAGAGAGUAGCAAAACAAUUACUUUGCUGCUAGAGACUACAAAAAAAACUGCAUUAAGCACCAGUGUGCAUCUCCCAGUCACAUUGUUCCUAUAACACCACCACUGGGCCAUAAUGGUUUUCUAUCAUGGUAUAAUACAAUGCACAUCCUAAUGCAAAAAUCCUGUGUAAAGAAGUAUUAAUAAAGUAAAUUAUGCACCAUUCUCCCUUAGUUUGGAAGCUAAAUGCGGUUGCAGGAAUUUACAUAAAACAGUAUGAUUCAUUUUAAAAUUCAAAUAAUUACUGAAAACAGUCGGCAACAGAGCAGUUGGCACAAAAACAUGUUAUGUGCAAAAGUAAAAAAAAAAAGGCAUAAAAAUGAUAAAUGAUCAUACAUUCCCCUUGUGUCCACACAGUGUGACUGUCACAUGUACCACACACAUUUAUAUCAAGAGUGCUAGAAAAUGCUAUAGGCAAAGUAUAAAUACAGACCGCAUCAUUAUGGAAGGCAUUUUUAUUAUUUUACAAAUUUUAAAAUAGAUUUAUUUUUAAGAAAAUUGAAAUUGUGUAUCCCUUUCUAUCCCCAACAGUAGCAGGAGAGUACAAUGUUUUUUUUUUUUUUACAGAUUUAAGUACAGUUUGUCAUAGUAGAGAAAAUGGAUCCUUUCAUAUUUAAAUAACACUGAAACUCAAUUGGCACAUAAGUGUGUGUCACUGCUAUCAGUGCAACAGAUGUGAACUAGAGUGCUACAAAACCAAUCAGAAAUUGAAAAGCACCUUUUAAACAAUAUGUGUGGAAGGGAUUCAAGUGAUGCAGAAUUCAACGUGACGGUUUCAGGGAAGCAGCACUUGCUUGGACUGUAUGAUACUGCCGGACAGGAAGACUAUGAUCAAUUGCGACCACUCUCCUACCCCAACACCGAUGUGUUUCUCAUCUGCUUUUCUGUGGUCAAUCCUGCCUCCUAUCACAACGUCCAGGAGGAGUGGGUGGCAGAACUCAAGGCUUGCAUGCCACAUGUGCCUUACAUUCUCAUAGGAACACAGAUUGAUCUGCGUGAUGACCCAAAGACUUUGGCUCGACUGCUUCAUAUGAAGGAGAAACCCAUGACGUACGAGCAAGGAAUUAAAUUAGCAAAAGAGAUCGGAGCCCAGUGCUAUCUGGAGUGUUCUGCUCUCACACAGAAAGGCCUUAAAGCUGUGUUUGAUGAAGCCAUCCUUACUAUUUUCAGCCCAAAGAAAAAGAAAAGACGCUGUAUGCGUUGCCAUAGCUGCUGUGCCAUCGUGUGAGCUAACUGGAGAGGAACCAGUGCUGCCGCACCCACAGAGAGGAGCUGAUGGCGUUUUCUUAAAAAGCUGCAAAUUCAGCCUUCUUUCUUUCUUAAUCAGUGGACCGCUUCUGUUCUGUACAAAACGGGAGCUGUGUCUCUAAUCAUGUUCAUUUCAGUAUUUCCUAGUACAGUUCUUUGCUUAGACACACUGGGCCUGUGGUUUUUAGGAAGCCUACUACUACCUGGAAGACAUGGACCAGGGCUGUGAAGAGAAAAUUCCAGGUGUUUACUAGAAGAUGCACAGCACUGCGGUACAGUCAGAGAAACGUUCGGUUCAUCAUUUAUGGCCUUAUCUGAUGUCUUAAUAGUACAAAUUUCUGCAUCAGCUACAGCUUUGAACAGACUUUUUAAAAAUGUUUUAUUAUUCUUAUACAAAAUGACCACUGUCCUUUUAAAAUGCUGUGGUUAGAAACACAUUUACUACAGCACUGGAGUUUUUUUUUUAUCCUCUUUCCAGAAAAUGUAUUUUUCAUAUUAAUGUAUGACUUUAAAUUAUUCUUCUUCAUCUUCGUUAUAGGGCUAGCUGAUUCAGGCUGUGAACUGUAUCUGAGCAGCAUAUGAGUUUCUCACAGCAUUACAAUGUCUGUUUAUGAGCCAUGCAUACACAAAGGAAACCAGGGUUUCGUGAGGGUCAUCUUAACCUGUACCCAGGUUGACUAAUGUGGUGUUCAUGCAUUUGAAAUCCUGAAAGCUGUGUCUCACUUUGUGAUAUAUGGCAGGUUUUUAAAUCAACUAUUUAAAAAUGAACACCCUACGAUAUGUAGAUCUUUAAUAAAUGUAAUUGGCAUGUGUCUAAUACAGUACUUUGAGUGGUUCAUUAACUGGACUUGCACACUCAGCUCCUGUAUAUAAGGUUAAGUUAUACUGUGGAUCCUAAAGGAAACAUCAUUUAACUAUAUUACUGAAACACCAUGGUGGCAAAUGACACCUCAGAAUGGACUUGUUUCCACUGAUGCAUUAUUACUUCCUAAGAUAAAAAGCAAAAAUAAAUAGUUCAGCUACAGCACCACUUUAGUGCCUUUCAAUAAUCUGUCUCUUGAGUGCCACCAUGACACCUAGUUACAGCACUUGAGACUUCCUCCAAUAGCUCUUACUUGGACAAAGAGUUACACUCUUUGUGUGAAGCAUGUGCUGAAAUGGUAAGUUUUCCUUUUAUUUCCUGUGCCUCUGAUUUCAGUUCACCAUUUCUUGUUCAAGUGGAUUUUUUUGUCCUGAGUCGGUUGAAUUAGGGCUGUCAUAAGCUAUAGUGUCAUUUGUCCUCUAGUGAACAGUAGUGAGCGACACCUGAGAUCAGCCUGUGACAGAUGAACACUAAGUGUCUCAUCACAGUUGGUCCUGAGAAACAAGCUCUCUUGCUUCUUUGCUCUUAGUCUGUGUGCAAAAUCUAUAUAUUUCUGUUCCAGUUUUAAGUGCCUUAUAGCUUUUAGUAAAAAUUUGCACAAUUGUGCUUUUGAGUUAAUAUGUAUUUGAUUGUUGCAUUGUUUCAAUUGCUACUGUUCAGUGUUUUAAUUUUUUAAUUUUUUUUUUUUAAUGUAUGCAUCACAUUAGAUUAAGCAAGCAUAAUUUUGUGGUAUUUUGCAUUGUAUGAAUAUUGUUAUCUUUACUGUGAGCAAAGAGCCCAAUUUACAUGUGACUUGCCAGUACGAUGCAUUUUAAGAAAACCAAGUGACAGGUUUACAUUUCAGACUCCAUUAAGAAGGGUCAUUAGUAGCUAUGGUCCCAUGUGUACUGUGUACAAUAUAAGACUCACCGGUGCAGAUAAACACAGAGUAUGUUCAAUCAUCUCUUUUUAUUUUAACAAAACACAAUCUGUUUUAGGUAUUUUGAAACGCAAUGAAAAAACAGCAUACAAAAAAAAACAACAAAGUGGGCAUUGCCUGCUUCUUUGAUGCAAGAUGGAAUUUUUUUGUUUGUUUUUUUUACCUUUCUCCAUCUCUUUGUCUCAUCAGCUUUAAUAUUCAUUAGAGCUCAAUCAGAAUCCAUUCUGCCAACUUUCAUUUCUUGCCGACGACAAUCGGUGUAAUUGCAUUUGAAUCCAUUACAUUUUGCAAACCAUUACUUUUUUGCUGCAUAAAAGGAACGCAGUUGGAAAUGUUAAUAUUGUUUUUUUAAUUUGUGUCUUAUAUAAUAACUUCCCAUGUUUGCCUUUUAGACUGCUUUACUGUACUACUGUUGUUACAUAAGGCCAGCUGAACACACUACAGCUUCUCUUAUCAGCUGCCAUCAGUAUAAUAGCAGCAUACUAGUAUGUUUACAGACCAGUGUUAAUUUCAUACCCCCUCUGUUGAACCAGUGACUGUUCUUUGCACCAGUAGUAACAGUUAAUUUGCCACUGCUUUUGAAGAAGCCAAAACAACCGUUGAUGCUUUUCAUUUACUAAUAACCUUCUUAGGACAAAACACUAUUGUGACAAAAUACCUGCAUUUUAUAAAACGAUGAUUCUUUUGCAGGAUUGCUUUUGCCAAUGAAACAACAGUUUGUGUCUUUUGCUGAAAGUCUGUUUCCCCUGUUUUAAGUAAGGAAGGAACCCACUAGGACAGAAUAUAAAGAAGUUUUCAUACAAAUUUGAAAUCAACUUCCUGGAAGGAUCAUAUCAUAUUUACAAUUUUUAAACAGGCAACAUUUUUUUUUUUUUUUUAUCUGCACUAUUAUUAAUGAGAUAAAAUAUAUUUUGAUGUUCGAAAAAUGUAUUGUAACUUAAAGCAGAAGUCGUGAAAUACAAAAAGAACGUUAAACAGUGUGGUCAGUUUUGGCUUCCUGCAUGUGCUUUUGAACUCGCAUCGCGCCAAAUUCAGCAAGCAGUUAUACUGUUGAGCUGGGUUUGCACCACCUUUUCUGAAUGGAAAAACAAACUGGUAAUGCAGAACAUUCGAUACCUUUUCCAGUAUGUUAAUUCAAGUAAAUGCUUAGUGAACAUGGUGUGAUCUGUAUAAGUAAUGCCAAAGCUAAAUAAGUACUGUAAUGGCCAUAAUUGUAACGUAUAGUUUGUAAUCCUCUGUAAUGUACAAUGUUUACUAGCUAGCCUCCAGUAGCAUAUGUGUUGCUUUCUGUGCUGCCAGUCAGUUCUGUAAUUCUUUUGAUUGGUACCAGUGUUUAGUUAUAAGAAUUUAAAAAAUAGAAUUCUUCGCUUGGAACAAACAAGGCACUGCUGGGUUACAUGGCUGAUUAUGUAUGGUAUUGUGUUCAGAGAAGUGUUUGAAGUAGGAUUCAGUGAACACCAACACUUGAGUACUUUUUUAAUAAAGCAGAGGCUAAGUGAUUUCUUUAAAUGAAAGGCAAACAAAUGUUUUGCAAAGGGCCAUGCUGCGCUUUUCAUUGAAAAGCAUUGCAGAGAUUUGUACAUCCAAGGUUUGUGCUUUUGCAAAACUGUCAAUGCAGCUGCCCAUUGUGUUUCUAUGAAGGCUAGGCACUACACUGGUAGCAGCAAUAACUUGAACACAAAAUGCAAUGUAGACAUUAAGUAUUUUAUAUGUAGAGAAAAAAAAAUAGUUAACAUGAGUAUAGCAGUUUUUAGUUUUAUUUCCUGUUUGUCAUUUCAUAGGUUUUGAAUUUAAUUCCCAUUUGCUGUACAUUGUGGUGAUUAUUAAACUCUAUGGUAAUUCA